CUCUUACCUAGCGUUUUUCACAGUUGCUGCCACAUAAGGACCUAUGGUUGGCACCUAAGUGGUGUUCACUCGCCCGCUCUUAUUACGGGAAGAACGGCUUACUCACCAGCCAUAAGGGCUGUUUGCUUCGUCCCGACUCGCGAUUCACGUCCCGACAACUUGUCCAAAGCUUCUAGUCCAGCGACCUUUGUGCGUCCCUCAAACGAGUCGUGCCCCUCAAACGAGUCGUGCCCCUCAAACGAGUCGUGCCCCUCAAACGAGUCGUGCCCCUCAAACGUGUCGUGCCCCUCAAACGAGUCGUUUCUCCUAGUACUCAAGUAGCCUGCACUCAGCAGCAGUCCGGACUACUACGCCGUUCCUUUACCGUCGAUCGGAUCGCACGUGACUCCUAAUAUUUCCGGUUAACAGCAGCGAACGCGUCGAGCUGUCGAUCUCGUGCCAUACCGCCUCGUUCCGCGCGUCUCGCAGCAGCCAAUUCAGAACCGUCGCAUGGCGUCCCGGUUAUCUGUAAACCGGCCACCAACGCCGGAGCCAGAGGUUCGAGAGAGAAGAGACGAGCCCAUGUCGCUACGAGAGGUGGUGGAUGCAAAG